UUGGUUGGCCUUGGGCCUUCGUCGAUCUUUGCUAACCUUGCCUGGGAAGCAUGCUUCAUGAGAUCUGGGAGUGCAUGCGCUCGCGCCGUUGUGAUGACCCCAGUCGCGGCGAGGUUUACUAUUACACCCGGCCUGCUGACGAAGAGCAUCUGAUUCCUGCGCCCGCGUAUAAUGUUGACGAGAUCACGGCAAAGAAUAUGUGGCGUAACGCGGGAUGGAGGGCUGCCAACAAGAAAGAAGACCGUGCCUUUAACGAGUGGUAUCCUCGUGAGCGUUUCCAAUCUCAAGAAGAGACUCCGGGAAUGGCAGAGGAUCCGGACAGCGGCGAGGCGCCAGGAAGAUCACGCUCGCGGGUUUAUGCUCGCUUCAUGCGGCCAUCAGUCGAGGUGCCGCCUACGCCUCUGUAUCAUCAAUUUGCGGAUGACGAUGACUGGAUAUCCGAUGGAGAGGGGCACCCCGAGGAAAGCCGCAUCACUCCAUGCACUUUUGCCUUUCUGGCUGCCGGCUGCAAACGCGCGGACUCGGACAAGCAAAUUAAACCAGUCAUCCCCAAGAGCCAGACGCCGGUGCGCCCCCGAAAGACUACUAGUACCGAACCCCCACCAGGAGAGAAGGUCGCUGCGCGCCAGCAGCGGCGUGAGAAGCGACUCUGGCGCUGGGCUCAUCCGGAGCCGUACUUUGACGAGCAAGAUGGUGAACUGCUGUGGUCACCUUCUACCUCUGCACAGGACACCUCACUCGAGUGGUCUCCGCCUGGUAAGCGCUACAUGUGCUCCUGUUUGGACCCCAAGUCUAGGAUAGGCAACAAGAAACUGACGUUAAAGGCAGGUGUCUCUCUCGAAAGGCUUCGGCUCGAUCUGUCCAAGGUGCCCGGUGCCCUAGUUCCCGCGGUCAGCCGUGAAUUCCUAAUCCACCAACAUGGAGCGGAUCCUGAGUUUGAGUCACCGCUUCUCGUGUCCUCGCUUGGUAGUGUGGAGGACGAGCGGGAGGAUGAAGCGACUGCAGCGAGGAAUAAGAAGGAUGAGAAGGAUGAGGUAGGCUCAGCGAAGAAAACCGACAAGGCUCCUCCAGCGGACAACAAGCCUUUGGACCCGGCGUCCACGAACACGAGAGCGAACACCAGGUUGGCAGAGCUAAUUUCGCUGCUCGUCGAGGAGAAAUUGCAAACGGAAGAAGAGAUCGCAGAGUUGCGAAACCGCGUUGCCGCCCUCGAAGCGAGCCGCACCACCAAAAAGACCACCACCAACACCAUCAGCAGAAGCAAAACAGCCACCGCCGUCACCGUCCGAAACAACAAGCCCACCACAAACCCAAGGACGGCUAGCGGCAGUACCACCAUCAGCGAUACCGACUUCCUUAUCCCCCUUGCCGCCGCCGCUCCCGACCUCUCCGACAUGACGAUCGCCACAUCAGACAAAAAGAACUACAAAGCGAGUUUUCUGCGCACAAGGCUCUGCGGCAUUGGCAAGCUUACCGCCUGGUUGCCCCGUACCUGAGCAAAGUGCGCGUUGUAUUAGUAGUAAGCAGUGCUGCUGGUUUGCGGGAAGGAGGGAUGAGGAUUGGCGUGGGGAUGGGAGCAUGGGUCGGUACGAUAUGUACUGAAGGGAGGGGAAGGC